AUGUAUAUGGAGUUACCCUACGUUGGAAAUUCCACAAAAGUAUUCUAUAAGAAAAUAAACUAUUUCGCCGAUAAAAUUCGUCCCGAUAUUGAAGUACGGUUUAUAUUAAGUCCUCCAGCUCCGUCUCAAACUUUUUUUCAAACAGAAGAUUCUAUACCAAAACAUUUACAAUCAGAAAUUGUUUACUCUGCUAAAUGUGAGAACUGUAACCAUAAUUAUGUUGGAAAAACUGAACGUCAGAGUGUCAGAAGAUUAUGCGAACAUGGAGCUUCGAAAGAAGAGUUUGAUAAGUUUGACGUAUAUCCACUAGAUACUGGGAUAGAAGAAGACAAUUCAGAAUCACGAGAUAGAAUCCAUCACAGUCUUUCUAAACGACGCACAAAAAGCCUUCAGACUCAACCGUCGACACCUGGAGUUACACGAUCUUCUAGACUUCUAGCUAAAACACACACUGUUGAUAAUCCAGUGAGUAAGGCUGAAUGCACGGACGAAGGUGAAAAAGAUACCAUAAAAAAAUCGGCUUUAGCCAAGCAUGAAUCUGAAACUGGACAUAAGAUUGAUUGGAUGAAUUUCAAAAUACUAUGGAGUGAUAAAAAUCCAUAUAGAUUGCUCAUAAAAGAAUCAUUAGUAAUUAAAGCUUAUGAACUGCAUAUUCUGUGA